CGAGUUCCAGCCUCAGAUUAUAGUGUUGUUCGGAGCGGUGGCUGUUACAUGGGUUUUUCGACGUCAGGGUGUAAAGGUCUUUAAGAAAAUUAUCACAUGCCGUUACUGUACACUCGUCUGUGACCAGAGCGUGCUAUUUGUGAAUGUUAGUAUGAAUGGUAAGGUUGGGAAUGGAGCAGCGGGCGGUGUGCUGGCCUGUAUUGAGGGUCUGCCGCCACUGCCCAAGAGCCUGAGCGGACUGCUGAACUCCAGCGGCGGCUCGUGGAGAGAGAUGGAGAGGAUGUAUGUGAAGAAGACCAUGAUUCAGGACGACUUGAGCCGAGGAAGGAAUAACACGGACAAUCUGCUGGCGAAUAAACCAGCAAACCUGGAUGCCGCCCUUGCUUUGCUCAGAAAAGAGAUGGUGGGUUUGCGGCAGCAGGACAUGUCCCUGCUCUGUCAGCUCUGGUCCCUUCACGAGUCCAUCCAGGAGUACAAGGGCAGCUGCCAGGACCUCUCCGCUGUGACCGGUGCGGAUGGACCCUACGGGAUGGAGAACGGUUAUUUUGAUGAAGAUGAGGAAUAUUAUACUGAGUCCGGUAUGACGCCAGCCGAAACGCCAGAUGGAAACGAUACAUCUCCUAAAACCGGGACAUCCAAAGACAGCUGGAUACAUGACUCGUUCCAUAUCACAAUAUAAAACACUUGACUUUUUUUCUUUAAUGAAAACAAGCUGUGCCAUAAUUUAGUUUGCUGGCAUUAUAUAGUUUUACAGCAGACUCUAUAGUAAAUAUAAUUGAGAAUUAUUAUUUAUUGUAUAAUAUACUACAUAGUAUUUUGUUUUCCUGAUUUAAUCAACAUUGGAAAUUUUAUACGGUUUUUUUUUGUUGUUUUUUUUAGUAAGGGUAGAAGCAUAUUAUUUCGUAAUGAUGUUUACAGUAAAUCAUGUUAAACUUGUGCUGAUGAAUUUAUAGACAUUCACCCCUCUGAAUUCAUAAAAGUCUUAUUUCUCGUUGAGCAAUCGCUCGCUGGGUGCUUGCAGAAGACAGGGUUUUGUUUUUACUGAAAAUAUGUAUUCCGAGUAUGCUGGAAAUGCUACCUAUUCUUUGCUGAAAUGUAAUCCAGGGUAUAACCAGCACAAAGAGCUUGAAACAGCAUCACCAAAACAAAACGCAAUGUCCCAGUUUACUCAUUGCAUUAUGUAUUGUGUAACUCAAUAUGAACAUACUGUAUAAGUAAGUAAAUCGAUAACCAGCUCCAUAACAUUUCCGUAGCAUUUCCCUCCCACCUUAUGUAAACCUGUUCUAGAUCAUGUAUUGUAGAUGUUUUAUUUAUUUACUUA